AUGCUUAGAUCAAAGACUUUUGUAAAACGAACUCGUAAAGGAAACGUAGUGAAAGUUGUCAAGGAACACUACUUGAGAGAUGACAUUCCAUGUUCUUCACCUCUAUGUAAAAAAUGUACUCAGAAUGAACCUGUGUUGUCUGCGGAACCUAGAUCUACAGCAACUUUGAAGCCUCAUUAUCUUGUUGUUGACACCAAUGUCUUUAUGGGACAGCUUGAUAUUAUGGAACAUCCAGCUAUCAAAGAUGUUGUUGUAUUACAGACAGUUAAAGAAGAGGUUCGACACUUGAAUAUUAUUAUAUAUAAUCGACUUGUCGAGAUUCUGGCAGACAAGACCAAGAGAUUCUAUAUGUUUGCUAAUGAACACCAAAAGGAUACUUUUAUUGAAAAGCUAAAAGACGAGACACCUAAUGACAGAAAUGACAGAGCAAUUCGUAUAGCAACCAAAUGGUACUCUGAUCACUUAAAAGCAAGUAAUCCUAGUGAGGACAUACAGGUCAUAUUGUUAUCAGACGAUGUUGCAAAUCGGGAUAAAGCAAAGGCGUCAGGAAUAAAAGCGAUGAGUGUGGCUGAAUAUGUUGCCGGCAUUAAAGAUGUGCCUGAAUUAGUAGAUAUGUUAUCUGCAGCUCAAGCUCAAGCAGAUGAUACCGUUGUAUAUGAUGAACAUUUGACUCCUGCUCAAAUCCAAAAUGGCAUCAAAAAAGGCAAGCUUAUACAGUCAUCAUUUAAUGUCACUCCUUACAACACUCUGGAAGCUACGGUCGUAGGAGAAGUGGAGGGAGAAAUAAAGACGGUAUAUAUCGUGGGCAGAAAGAAUUUCAACCGUGCCAUUCAUGGAGAUACAGUUGCUGUCGAGUUACUGCCAAAAUCUGAGUGGAAGUGUGGUGCCUCUGUUGCUAUAGAGGAUGAAGAUGAUGACGAAAAGAUGUAUGGUGAAGAAGAGUCGACAGAUAAAAAGGACGACGAUGACCAAAGUAGCCCCAAUAAAAAAAGAAAGACAACCGAUAAAGUUGGAGAGCCAGAGCCUACGGGUAAAGUUGUCGGUAUUAUCAGAAAGAAAUGGAGACCUUACUGUGGUUUUAUUCUCAAAAACUCCGUUCCUAAAGGAAACGACCGUGGUCCCGUCACUUGUACUUUCCGUGCUAUAGAUCGUCGAAUUCCCAAAAUCAAAAUUAAGACUAGUCAAGCCAGUAGCUUGGUUGGUAGUCGUAUCAUUGUGGCAAUCGACUCUUGGCCAAAGACUUCCAGAUUUCCUAUGGGUCACUUUGUCAAGACAUUAGGUGCAUCUGGUGAUAAAGAAACAGAAACAGAAGUUAUUCUUUUGGAGCAUAAUGUUCCUUAUCAAGAAUUCUCAAAGGCCGUGCUUAGCGACUUGCCAGAAGAAGGCGAUCAAUGGGUUGUUCGCGAGCAUCAUGUAAAGAACGAAAAUAGAAUAGACUUUAGAGAUUUGAAUGUCUGCAGUAUCGAUCCACCUGGAUGUACCGAUAUCGAUGAUGCGCUCCACGUCCGUUUCCUACCAAACGGCAAUUACGAAGUAGGUGUUCAUAUCGCAGAUGUCACAUACUUUGUCAAGCCUGGAACACACAUAGACAAGGAGGCAGCAAGCCGUGGUACAUCCGUUUAUCUUGUCGACAAGCGUAUUGAUAUGUUGCCUGCUCUUCUAGGUACUAAUCUUUGCUCCUUACGAUCUAAUGUAGAACGACUUGCCUUUUCUUGUGUAUGGGAAUUGAAUGAAAAUGCGGAAAUCGUCAAUGUCGACUUUUGCAAGAGUAUCAUCAAAUCCAAAUUCUCAUUCACUUAUGAUGAAGCUCAAAGUCGUAUUGAUGAUGAACGCAUGCAAGAUGAUGUUACAAAGGGUAUUCGUUUGCUAAACAAGUUUGCCAAGAUUCUUCGCCAAAGACGUCUAGAGGCUGGUGCUUUGACUUUAACUUCACCUGAGCUUAGAUUUAACCUUCAGAAUGACUCUCAAGACCCUGUAGAUGUGGAAAUGAAAGAACUAAAGGAAACAAAUUCUCUUGUUGAAGAAUUCAUGUUGCUCGCAAAUAUCUCUGUUGCCAAAAAGAUAUACUCUAGAUUCCCUAGUGCAGCCAUGCUUCGUAAGCAUGGAGCGCCACCUAUAAACAAUUUUGACCAACUUCGCAAGAUUCUUCUCGAAAAAGGAUUUACUCUGGACAUUAGCAGUUCAAAAGCAUUGGCUGAUUCUCUUGAUAAAGCUGUGAUACCUGAAGAUCCUUAUUUCAAUACACUUGUACGUAUCUUGACUACCCGUUGUAUGAUGCAAGCACAAUACUUUUGUUCAGGAACAGAACCUGAAUCGGAGUUUAAGCAUUAUGGUUUAGCCAGUCCUAUCUACACUCACUUCACAUCACCUAUUCGUCGUUAUGCAGAUGUCGUAGUGCACCGUCUGCUACAUGCAUGUAUCGAUCCAGAUGCCCUCAUGGAUUCAGAUUUAAUUAACACAAAUGCCAUGAAGGACCUCUGUGAUAACUUGAACUUUAGAAAUAGAAUGGCGCAACAAGCUGGCCGUAGCUCAGUUGAACUCUUUACUAGCAUGUUCUUUAGAAACAAAGUCGAAAUUGAAGAGGCCCGUGUGCUGCGUGUGUUGAAGAAUAGUAUUUCUGUACUUGUGCCCAAAUACGGCCUUGAAUCUAUUGUAUACAUCUCAGAACCAUUUGAAUAUAACGAGGAACACAACAGCCUGGUUGCAGGAGAUAUCGUAUUGAAGACAUUUGAUAAAGUUAAGGUGGAAAUGUCUGUUGAAGGAGAUGCAGAAGGCAUGCGCCAAAAGAUGAAUAUGAAGUUGAUUGAACCCAAAGUAUGA